AUGACGCUGCGAAGAGCUGGUUCUGGUUAUGAAAAAGGGGAGGAUCCCCAGAAAAGAGGAACGAUGCAGCUGCCACCCAUCCAAAACAGGGUUCUAGAGUGGGUUUGCGGGCGGCGAUCCAUCAAUCAUGAUCCCGCCGCGCUGGGCGACACCACUGACGAGUCCUGGUGUAGCAACUCCCCUCCCGCUGCCGAGUUCUGGACUACGACUAUCCCACACGUCCAAUUGUCUGAUCAGACGAGGGGAUUAAUGCGCCUUUGCCCAUGUGGACGUCUGCAGGACGUUCAAAUGGUGAUACACCUUGGUACAUACAUGCAAAAAGGUUGA